ACCACCCCGGCCAGCAGCACGUAUGACAGGCGGCGACCGGCAGCCAGUGGCCACUCCAGACUAUCGUGAACUUCAGCCCAACCCCCAACAACACUCGAUCAAGGAUUCUGAUCACCUGCACAUCACCAUGGGUCUCACGUACAACAUCUAUCUAAACUCUUCGCGCAUCUAUGGCUGCAAGAACUGCAAGACACACCUAUCCAACCACGAUGACAUCCUCAGCAGGAACUUCCGCGGUCAGCACGGCAAAGCCUAUCUGUUCGACAGCGUCGUCAAUAUCACCGAGUCAGACCCAAACGAGCGCAACAUGACAACUGGUCGCCACAUAGUACGUGACAUACACUGUCGCCAGUGCAAGGAGACGGUCGGCUGGAAGUAUGACAAGGCAUACGAGGCCAGCGAGAAGUACAAAGAGGGCAAGUUCAUCUUGGAAGAGGAACUUCUCUGCACCGUCACCUGAGGGAACUGCACCACGCAGCAUCGGCGUCACUUUAAUGGGCAUCUGAAGGGAGUCUCGGAUUGGAUACGGAUGGAUUGGAUUAAAUGGAGGCGUUUUAUGUCUUACGAUAUUACCAAACUGGCGUCAGGUUGGUCAAAUGGAUUAUAUCAUCUU